UUUUUUCUUUUGCCUGUAUUUAUAUCCACCUUCUCCUUCUUCCACCACCCACAACUUCCAACACUUUCUAAUCUCUUUUUCUUUCUCUUUCUCUGUGUGUUUGAUAUAUUAAGAUAAUAUGCAGCAGAACUUUUAUUUUACUGCUCUUUUAAUCCUGAUGCUUUUUAUUUUCUCCUCAAACACAUCUGCCCGUUUCAUAGUGCAGAAACAAGGACUAGAGGGGGUAACGGGGAAGGGAAUUGCUAGUGAAGUUUCUCCUGAACAGAUGGAGAAUCUAAUGGGCAUAGAAACAUGUGAGAAUGAAGAUGAAGAAUGUUUGCAGAGAAGACUAAUUUCGGAGGCUCACUUGGACUACAUUUACACCCAGAAGCUCAAGCCUUGCCUUUUUUUUUUUUUUGGCAUGUAUUUAUAUCCACCUUCUCCUUCUUACACCAUCCCCAACUUCCAACACUUUCUGAUCUCUCUUUUUCUUUCUCUUUCUUUGUGUUUGAUUUAUUGUGAUAAUAUGAAGCAAAACUUUUGUUUUACUGCUCUUAUAUUCCUGAUCCUUUUUCUUUUCUCCUCAAACACAUCUGCCCUUUUCAUAGUUAGGAAACAAGGACUAGAGGGGGUAAGGGUGAAGGAAAUUGCUAGUGAAGUUUCCACUGAACAGAUGGAGAAUCUAAUGGGCAUCGAAACAUGUGAGAAUGGAGAUGAAGAAUGUUUGAAGGGAAGGCUAAUUUCAGAGGCUCACUUGGACUACAUUUACACCCAGAAGCUCAAGCCUUGA